UUUUUUUUUCUUCUUCUUCUUCUUCUUCCUUUCUUACUUUUCUUUUCAUUUUUACUUGGCAUUGUAUAGAACAUACUUUUGCAUUGUCUUAUCGAUUCAUUGUUGAUUCUAGUUGAAUGGAACUGUUAGAUAAACCCAUACUCCUGUUCACUAUAUUUACUCGUUAACUCUCAUUCAUACUAUAUAUCAAACAUGUAUCCACAAAGACAGCAAUAUCAACCUAUGGACACUGGUGUUAUGUAUCAUCAACCACAACAUCGACCUUAUCCUACACCACAACCUCCACCACCACCACCACCAGAACCUCUUCCUAGUGCAACAGAUGUUCAUACAACUGCUCUCUCUAUUUCACAAAUGGCAGAGUUUUCAUCUACCAUGGUAUAUCUUAUGUGGCACGAACGAAGUCCAUCUGUACUUCCUUUACAUUCUUCUGUCCUUCACUCUCGACCUGAUCCAUCUAGUCCUGCUACAACUGGUGCUAGCAAUGCAUUUCGAAAAUACUGUAGAUCGAUUUUACAAGCGACACAACUGUCAGAGUCUGUGGUACUUUUAUCUUUGAAAUAUAUUGCUUUAUUGUUACGAAACAAUCCACAGUUACGAGGUGCUGAAGGGUCUGAAUAUAGGUUAUAUACUGUUGCUCUUAUGUUGGCCAACAAGUUUCUCGAUGAUAAUACAUUUACUAACAAGACAUGGUCUGAUAUAUCCGGUAUGAAGGUGAAUGAACUUAAUGUUAUGGAAUUCGAAUUCUUGGAUGUCUUGCGGUUUGCCUUAUUUAUUCCCAAAGUGGACUUUGAUCAUUGGAAAACGACUCUAUUCAAUUUUCGAAGCAAAUUAUAUGAUCCAAGUAUGGGUGAUGUAAGUCAUCGUGGUCCACAACAUCAACAACUUAUUGAAGCUACAUUGAAAAAUAUGGGAUUACCAAUGCAGUAUAAUCAACAACAUGAUCAAUGGCAACAACAACAGUACCAGAAACAAGAAGCAGCAAGACAACAACAACAACAGCAACAACAACAACAAGCAGCAGCAGCAGCAGCUCAACAACAAUAUAAUCAACAUCUUUAUCUUUUAUCAAAGGCACAACAACCACAUAUUCCACCUCAACCAUUGAAUGGACCAUUGACUCGUGUACCUUUACGAAUACCUGUUAGACCGAUAUACCAAACACAAGGCAUGCAAUCAACUUCUACACCUGGAACUCACACUGCAACCGUUUACGAUCCUUCUAUUGGUGUGUCUUCUUCUGGUACCUCAGCAACCGUUAUACAACCAGCAUCUGCCGCUCCUCAAAUAGCAUCACAGCCUUAUACACCAGCGUCAAUGACGAAUAUGGGAUCUUCUAGUGGACGACGUACGCCAAUCGUACCUUCGACAGAGAAUGCAUUUACUUCGACAUCAUAUUCGUCUCAACAACCACCAGCCAGGAUCAUUACAAAUACUUCUCAACGACCUUACGAUUACACACGAUCAUCAGCGGAAGAAUCACAGGGAAAUAUAUAUUCGGGACAAAAGCAACCAUUACAAACAUCAGCACAUGUUAUUGCUCCAGGUGUACCAUCACAUUCAAAGUUUUAUGGCAAUGAUAUUUAUUCACAGCAACAACAACAACAACAACAAUCGAUAAAUCAACAACAAAUAUCUGCUGCAGGUCAUCGUACAACAUCAUUACCAUCUGCUGGAUUGGAGGCCACCAUCAUACAACCCUCUCAACCACAUAUGAAUUCAAUGGGAAAUGGUCUUACUUCUGUUACUACUGCUCCAUCUUUACAACCACCAUCUUCUGUUCCACCAGCUUCUGCGACUUCAUCGUCUUAUUAUAACACUCCGUCUUCAACUCCAUCUUCAACUCUUCCACACAACUCUUCACCACAUCGUAUCUUGGGACCAAAUGAUCCUCAUACUGCUUUUAUCAAUGCACCCAAUGCGACCAGUUAUAGUGCUAAUCCUUCUCAACAAAUCAAUUACGGUCACCAUCCUCCACCAGUACGUGUUAAUAAUCCUGUUGCGAAUAAUCCUAGUCGACCACCUUAUUUUGUAGAUCCAUCUCAGCAGCAACAUCGACAUCAUCAACAACAACAACAUCAGCAGCAACAUUCAUCUAAUAUGGCUAAUCCUUCAGGUGGUACAGACUACAACUAUGGUGCUAUACCUAGCUCUGCGAAUGAUAUAUAUGGACGGCCAACAAUGGGAAGGACGUCAUCCAAUCCGGUGUAUCAGGUAAAAGUCAAGAUAGGUUCAGUCAAUGAUCGAUAGUUGACCGAUCAUUUUUUUGUUUUUUUUUUUGUUUUUUUUUUUAAUAUAGUCUCCAUAUUCACAGGG